CGUCAGGCCGCGCCCCAGCGCGAUGGCUAUAAAUAGGCCGUGUGGUACGUCACUUUCACGCGACCUCAUCUUUGUCAGUGCACAAAAUGGCGCCUUACCGCCUGCUGGUGACCCGGCUGCAGAAAGCCCUGGGUGUACGUCAGUACCAUGUGGCCUCAGUCCUGUGCCAACGGGCCAAGGUGGCUAUGAGCCACUUUGAACCCAAUGAAUACAUCCACUAUGACCUGCUAGAGAAGAACAUUAACACUGUGCGCAAACGAUUGAACCGGCCUCUGACCCUCUCGGAGAAGAUUGUGUAUGGACACCUGGAUGACCCCGCCAGCCAGGAGAUUGAGCGGGGCAAGACGUACCUGCGGCUGCGGCCCGACCGGGUGGCCAUGCAGGAUGCCACCGCCCAGAUGGCCAUGCUGCAGUUCAUCAGCAGCGGGUUGCCCCGGGUGGCUGUGCCAUCAACCAUCCACUGUGACCAUCUGAUCGAGGCCCAGGUCGGGGGUGAAAAAGACCUGCGCCGGGCCAAGGACAUAAACCAGGAAGUGUAUAAUUUCCUGGCAACUGCAGGUGCCAAAUAUGGCGUGGGCUUCUGGAGGCCUGGCUCUGGAAUCAUUCACCAGAUCAUUCUGGAAAACUAUGCAUACCCUGGGGUUCUUCUGAUUGGCACCGAUUCCCAUACCCCCAAUGGUGGGGGCCUGGGAGGCAUCUGCAUUGGAGUUGGGGGAGCUGAUGCAGUGGACGUCAUGGCUGGGAUCCCCUGGGAGCUGAAGUGCCCCAAGGUGAUUGGUGUGAAGCUGACGGGCUCGCUCUCCGGUUGGACCUCCCCCAAGGAUGUGAUCCUGAAGGUGGCUGGUAUCCUCACAGUGAAAGGUGGCACAGGAGCUAUUGUGGAGUACCACGGGCCUGGUGUCGACUCCAUCUCCUGCACUGGCAUGGCGACAAUCUGCAACAUGGGUGCAGAAAUUGGGGCCACCACUUCAGUGUUCCCUUAUAACCACAGGAUGAAGAAAUACCUGAGCAAGACAGGCCGAGAGGCCAUUGCCAAACUAGCCGAUGAAUUCAAGGAUCACUUGGUACCUGACCCUGGCUGCCAUUAUGACCAAGUGAUUGAAAUUAACCUCAACGAGUUGAAGCCUCACAUCAAUGGGCCCUUCACCCCCGACCUGGCUCACCCUGUGGCGGAAGUAGGCACUGUGGCAGAGAAGGAGGGAUGGCCUGUGGACAUCCGAGUGGGUCUGAUCGGCAGCUGUACCAACUCCAGCUAUGAGGACAUGGGGCGCUCAGCAGCUGUGGCCAAGCAGGCACUGGCCCAUGGACUCAAGUGCAAAUCCCAGUUCACCAUCACACCAGGCUCUGAGCAGAUCCGCGCCACCAUUGAGCGGGAUGGCUAUGCACAGAUCCUGAGGGAUGUGGGUGGCAUCGUCCUGGCCAACGCCUGUGGCCCCUGCAUUGGCCAGUGGGACAGAAAGGACAUCAAAAAGGGGGAGAAGAACACAAUUGUCACCUCCUACAACAGGAAUUUCACAGGCCGCAAUGACGCCAACCCUGAGACCCAUGCCUUCGUCACAUCCCCAGAGAUCGUCACAGCCCUGGCCAUUGCUGGCACCCUCAGGUUCGACCCAGAGAAGGACUUCCUGACAGGCAAGGACGGCAAGAAGUUCAGGCUGGAAGCUCCGAAUGCAGACGAGUUGCCACGCAUGGAGUUCGACCCUGGGCAAGACACCUACCAGCACCCACCUAAGGACAGCAGUGGGCAGCGGGUGGACGUGAGCCCCACCAGCCAGCGCCUGCAGCUCCUGGAGCCUUUUGACAAGUGGGAUGGCAGAGACCUGGAGGACCUGCAGAUCCUCAUCAAGGUCAAAGGGAAGUGUACCACGGACCAUAUCUCAGCUGCCGGCCCCUGGCUAAAGUUCCGUGGCCACCUGGACAACAUCUCCAACAACCUGCUCAUUGGUGCCAUCAAUAUUGAAAAUGGCAAGGCCAACUCUGUGCGCAACGCCGUCACCCAGGAGUUUGGUCCUGUUCCUGACACUGCCCGCUACUACAAGAAACACGGCAUCCGGUGGGUGGUGAUUGGAGACGAAAACUAUGGCGAGGGCUCAAGCCGGGAGCAUGCAGCGCUUGAGCCUCGCCACCUCGGGGGCCGAGCCAUCAUCACCAAGAGCUUCGCCCGGAUCCAUGGUGAGCCGGAGCCUGGGCCUAGCCCUGUCUGCCUCUCCUCUCUGGCGGCCCAAGAUCACCCCGCCUGCCAGUGGCCAAGUUGGACCUGAAGUCACAUGCCUAUU